AUGGACGAGAAAGACCCCACGCUCAUCGGCGCACACUGCCAAUACGCCUACUGCAACCAACUCGAUUUCCUCCCCUUUCGAUGCGAAUCGUGCUUCGGCACAUUCUGUCUGGAUCACAGAUCCGAGACUGGGCAUAAAUGCUCAAGAGCGGGAGAAUGGGCUGCGAGGAGGAGGAAGGCAAAUGCGUCGCAUCAAUCACUUGGCGCGGGCAAGAUGAAGAUGGAUAUCGAGAAGCCUUGUGCGAGUCCAACAUGCAAGACGGUCAUUGGGACAAGUUUAUCGACCUCGGUACAUUGUUCGACGUGUAAUAGGGAUUAUUGCCUUAAACAUCGACUAAGGGAGGAUCAUGAUUGCAAGAAUCUGAUUCCGAUUGGGGCAAGGGUUGGAGGAUUCAAUUCACAGGCAGAUAACGUGAAGAGUGCUUUGGGCAAGCUGAAGUUAUGGGGAACUGCUCAGAAGGCAAAUAUGGCGACGAGAGUCUUGCCCAAGCCAAAACCAACGUCUGCGGCUGCGAGAUUGGUGGCGGUCAAUACCUUGAAGAAGACGGCGAAGGGAGACGACAAGAUCCCGUCGGACAAGAGGGUAUAUCUGGAAGUGGAAGCGGAAGCUGCUACGACGACUUCGAAAUUCCCAAGUGGUGCAUACUUCUAUUCGAAGGAUUGGGUGAUAGGAAGAGUUCUGGAUGCAGCGGCAAAGAGCUUGCAGGUUCAGAAUGUGAACAACCAAGGGACGGACGAAAAGGACAAGCUUAGAGUAUUUCAUGUCGAGGGUGGAAGGUUGCUGGAGUUUAAUGAAAAGGUUGGGAAUGCUCUGGUUAGUGGAAACAAGAUCGUACUGUUGAGGGGAGUUGGACCACCAGUUCCUGAUCUGAUUGAUCUUACGAAUGCAUGA